UAUGAGCUUUCCACGCUGACGGGCACCCAAGUGCUGCUGCUGGUGGCCAGCGAGACGGGCCAUGUGUACACCUUUGCCACACGGAAGCUGCAGCCCAUGAUCACCAGUGAGACAGGGAAAGCACUGAUUCAGACGUGUCUCAACUCCCCGGACUCACCGCCGCGCUCAGAUCCCACUACCGACCAACGCAUGAGCGCCACAGGCUUUGAGGAGACGGACCUCACCUACCAGGUGUCGGAGUCAGACAGCAGUGGGGAGACCAAGGACACGCUGAAGCCAGCAUUCACAGUCACCAACCUGCCAGGGACGACGUCCACCAUCCAGACAGCUCCAACCACAUCGACCUCCAUGCAGGUCAGCAGUGGCCCCUCGUUUCCCAUCACUAAUUACCUGGCGCCUGUGUCUGCCAGCCUCAGCCCCAAUGCUGUCACCAGUGCCAAUGGAACAGUGCUGAAGACUACCGGAGCCAGCGCAGUGACAUCAGGGGGCCUCAUGCAGAUACCAACUGGCUUCACCCUCAUGUCAGGUGCUUCCCUUCCUCCAGGGACCCCUACCAUUCCUCUCACUCAGUUACAGCCGCACUCCCUGGCUCUUUCCAGCCAGCAGCAGGGCCAGGCAGUUGCGGGUACGGCUGGACAGCUGCAGCAGGCACAGCAGACAGUCUUCCGCUUCCCCGCCAGAGCUGGAGGGCAGAUCGUGUCGCUGACAGGUGGCACGAUGGCUCAGCAGGUCCCAGUCCAGGCAAUACAGGUGCACCAGGCACCGCAGCAGAUGUCCCCCUCCAGUGACAGCAGCACUGACCUUACCCAGACCUCUUCCAGCGGAACAGUGACCCUCCCAGCAACCAUCAUGACGUCGUCUGUGCCAACCACCGUGGGUGGCCACAUGAUGUACCCCAGCCCGCAUGCGGUGAUGUACGCGCCCACGUCGGGCCUCGCGGAUGGUGGGCUGGCAGUCCUCAACGCUUUCUCACAGGCACCUUCAGCAAUGCAGGUGUCCCACAGCCAGGAUCAGGGUGGCGUCCCCCAGGUGUUCCUGACAGCUCCCUCGGGCACCGUUCAGAUCCCGGUCUCGGCUGUGCAGCUUCAUCAGAUGGCUGUCAUCGGGCAGCAGAGCAGCAGUGGCAGCAGCCUGACGGAGCUGCAGGUGGUCAAUUUGGACACCUCACAUGGCACCAAGAGUGACUGAGGCCUCUGCUGCCAGCCUUGCGCCGUCCCUGGCCUGUUAACGCUGGUGCUGGCAGCAAUUCCUUCUCGUACAGACUGCACCAGUUAUUUAUUGUUGCCUUUUCACGUUUCCUUCACCCACACAUGCACACAUACACACACACACACGCAUG